AGCAAUUUCGUGACCUUUACGCGAUAUCGCUAUCACGGACGGCAUUACAAUUCGUAACAAUGCUGACAUAUCAAAAUUAUUUUAAUAGAAAUUAUGCAUUUGUAACAAAGUACCUACAUACUUACGUAUUGUGAUGUAAGUUUACAAAUAAGCAAUAUUGAAUAAUGAUAAUAUAAUCGAUAUAAAUAGGACAGUAGGUUAGCAGGGGUAUCAUACCACAACUUUAACUUUAAACCAAUAACGUACGAAAAUUUGGAGCAAUGGCAUCUAAGGUCAUAUUUGUGUUCUGCCUGCAAUUGGCAAUAAUGAAGUAUACUCUCGCUCAAUGUAUCCCCAUGGCCACCGUGCCAGAACCGUGCGGCUUUACAAGUGGACUGACAAUGAACAUGCCCUGGAUACCAUCCCCGAGCUUCUCUAUAAGCUCUGACGACCUGGGUGUUUGCGGCACGGUGACAGUAUGCGGCUCUAUGCCAUUCCUUGGCACGGUCAGCCUUGCUGGAGAAAUACCGGCCGCCGGUCAAGGCACGGUUAUGUACAACUGUGGCAAUGGUGACGUUGGCAUUGUGAGCGAAACAAUACAUUCUGGCAUGGCUGCCCCGAUGGGCAUUUGUUUCUGAUCUGCGUAAUUUUUAAUUAUUUAUAUUGUUUUGAGUUAAAUAAAACUUCUAACGUUUAAAA